AGCAGUUACUUCUCCGUUUUCAUAUUGUCUUCUUCCAUAUUCGGCAUACCAACGAACGAGGAAUCCAUCCGGUACAGGCCUGCAUUCCGUUCAAAAUCUUCAUUACAUUACGCUAAUUGUAAAUCAAUUCAUGAUCGAUCCCACUGACCCCAAAGGGGAACCUAUAAAACCGCACCCAGGCAAAAUUUUUACUCAUUGGUUCCAAAGACUCAUCCACCGAACAUCAUGUGGAAAAUCGUGUGUCUUCUGUUUGUGGCUGGUGCCAUUUCGGCUAGUGCGCAUGUACCAAAAAGUGGAAAUGAGUUGGUUUCUAUGGUCGUGAGCAACUGUGUCGAUAUGGAUUGUGUGAAGUUUAACGUUCUGAGGUAUCUCGAUGGAUUGCUGCAGAUAGAGGGUGAUUCUGCAAGGGGUGUGAAGGACAUUGACGCCGCCAUCUUCAAGAGGGUAGCGAAAGUGUUGAAAACCAACGAAUUCAGGUUCAAACUGCCCCAAGCGCUCUUCGAUGGAAGCGAACUCGUCUACAACCCCAAAACUGGUCUCGACAUAAACGAACACUCGCAAUCUAGAGGAAUCUUGAAGAAGAAGCUCCUGUUCCCCAUUCUUCUCUUGAUGAAAUUGAAGAUGCAACUGCUCAUGCCCGUCUUGCUCGGUAUCAUCGGUUUGAAAUCAAUCAAAGCUCUGAUUAUCAGCAAACUGGCCUUGGGUAUUGUGCUUGGAUUCUUGAUCUACCAAUUGUGUACCAAAGCAGGUAUGCCUAUGCCAAUGUCUAUGGCUCCAAUGCCAUCUGAACCCCCAUCUUCAAUCUAUGGACCACCCAGCACUGCUCCCCCAUUGGAUUCCUACAACCCCAACUACGAUCCAUCUGCCAGCCAGGGUGGACCUUAUGCCAGGAUAUGGACACCAAACAAUGGUGAAGCUCAACAGGUCGCCUAUUCAGCCUACUACCCUGGAUCAGCCUCUUCCUCCACCACCCAGCCUUGAGCUACCUUCACUUUCAACUUUUAAUUUAUUAUGACCACUAAAUUAUUUUGUAUAUAUAGGAAGUUCAAUAAAAGAAUUAUUUAUGAA